UCCAUCCUUUCAUCAGUGUUGAUCAUGUUUGAUAACUGGACCAAUGUAGUAGCUGCCAUUGUCGGCCUGGCUAUCAGCUACUUGGCCGUACAAUUUGCCUUUCAACCAAAGGUUGUUCGUUUCACCGUUACACCUCCCGCAGAAAGCAACCCAGCAUGGAAGGACGGAAAGAUCUUGGACAAGCCCACCAUUCGCGACCCCAAGAAUCCCAAGACCAUCAUUUGCUAUGACCCCGCCACCGGACGACAUCUUGCAUCUAUUCCCGCUCCCACUGCUGCUGAUGUCACUGAAGCCUACAAGAAGGCUAGCCGAGCCCAGGAAAAGUGGGCUCAAACUUCAUGGGAACAACGUCGCGCCGUCCUUCGCAGUCUCCUUGAUUUCGUGUUGCAGAACCAAGAAGAGAUUUGCCGCGUUGCUUGCAGAGAUACCGGAAAAACUAUGAUUGAUGCUACUCUUGGUGAAAUCAUCACCACCUGUGCUAAAUUGCGCUGGACUAUUGAUAACGGUGAAGAGGUUUUGGCUCAGGAUUAUCGUGCCCCUGGUUUGCUCAUGAUGUACAAGCACGCCAAGGUUGUCUAUCAGCCCAUGGGUGUGGUUGCUGCUCUUGUUAGCUGGAACUAUCCCUUCCACAACACGUUUGGUCCUUUGAUCUCGGCUCUCAUGUCUGGUAACGGUAUUAUGAUCAAGUGCUCAGAAUAUGUCGCUUGGUCUACUGAGUAUUGGCAAAACAUCAUUCACACUUGUUUGGCUGCUCAUGGUCACGACCCCGAAUUGGUUCAGUUUGUUAACGGAUUUGCUGAUGUCGGUGAAGCCAUCGUCAGCUCUGGUGUCAAUCACAUCACUUUCAUUGGUUCCCCUCAAGUCGGUAAGAUGGUUCAACUCAACGCCGCUCAACACCUUGUUCCCUGUUUGCUUGAAUUGGGAGGAAAGGAUUGUGCUAUUCUCCUCAAGGAUGCUGAUCUCGGUCAAGCUAUUCCUGUCUUGAUGCGUGGUGUUUUCCAAAACUGUGGUCAAAAUUGCAUUGGUAUCGAACGAAUUCUGGUUGCUCAAGAAAUUUACGAUGGUUUCGUCGCUGAGAUGGAAAAGCGUAUCAAGACACUUCGCCUUGGUUCAGCGCUUGAAGAUGGGGAUGGUAUUGACUGCGGUGCCAUGACCAUGGGUACUCAAAGCGAUCGAUUGGAACACCUUAUUCAAGAGGCUGUUAGUCGUGGAGCUCGUCUUCUCCUUGGUGGUAAACGUUACCAGCACCCCGAACAUCCCACUGGUCAAUACUUUAGCCCUACCCUCCUCGUUGAUGUCACUCCCGACAUGGAAAUCGCUAACCACGAAACUUUUGCUCCCAUCAUGGUCAUUAUGAAGCACGCUGGUGCUGACGAUGCUCUUCGUCUGGCUAACCUCUGUCCCUAUGGUCUUGGUUCAUCUGUCUUCUCCGCUGAUAAGCAGUUGGCCGAAGAAAUGUGCUUGAAGCUCAAGGUCGGUAUGGCCAACGUCAACGAUUUUGCCGUCAACUAUCUUUGCCAGUCUUUGCCUUUCGGUGGUGUUGGUAUCAGUGGCUAUGGACGAUUUGCUGGUGCUGAAGGUCUUCGCGGACUCUGUGUCCCUAAGAGUGUUACCAUUGACAGAAUUCCCUUUGUCAAGACUCCUAUUCCCCCUAUCGUCGACUAUCCUAUCAAGAGUGCAAGCAAGGGCUACGGCUUUGUCAAGGAACUCGUUCGUUUCGCUUACGGCCCUGCACUAACUGAGAAGAUCAUGGCUGGAUUAGGUCUUGCCAAGGCUUCCAUGUGAAGACGUCGAAAUUGACUUGCAAAGUAAAAGUAAUAAAGUGAAUAAUUCAGAGUACGAUACGAUGAUCUGGCAUGGACUUGUGUGGAUUAGUGACCAUUGAAAGCUGCCUUCAAAUGUCAUGUUCGGAAACCAAUAAAAAGACAAUAACUGACAGGUGAA